CACGUUAAAUUGCUAUAAAUGUGUAUGUAGUUUGGUGCGACUGGACCAAAUGCUCAUCUCCCUUUGCUGUCAGCUCCUGUGUGUGUGAGCUGGUGGGAGGAGUGCAGCUGGAAGAGAAACACUUUGACAAGCUUACUUGGUUUUAAGUAACUAGUCUUUUAGCUAACGUUAUUUUUUUUAACAUGGGACGUUACAAAGCUCGGUUAUUUAACUGGUGUGUGUGUGAUAUGAACCCCUGUUAACGCUAAAUUUAAAAGCUAGCAUACUAGCUAACCUAACUCAUUCAGCUUGCUAGCAUAUUAGCUAUAGCUGCCUAGCCACCUGUAACAGUAGUUUGCGUUUUUUCCUUGCUUCCAGUCAUCUAAUACAUGUCGAUAUGACACACAGGAAAGAAGUAUUUCAGUCAAAGGUACUCCAGAAGCUUUACCCUGCAGCUCCCAAAUUGGAGAAGGAUCCCAGCCUGCCACGCAUUGUUGAAGCUUUAGCCAAAAAAACCCAUGAGAAAAGAAAAGCUUCUCAAGCGGACACUGCUAACAGAGAUGCAGGGAUAACACAGAGUGCAGCCAGUCCAGGCAGGCGGAUGUACACGGUCCUACCCCCUCCCGCAGACUACAAGACAGAUUCAGAGAAAUCCGUCACGCUUCCCCAGCUAGAAAACAUAAAUAGUGCCGAGAACCCAGCUGAGGAGAGCGUCCAUGAGAGCAAUGAAGAUCUCGACCAAGAUAAAGAAGCAGAGGAACAGAAAAGAAGGAGGAGAAGAAGGAAGAGGAAACCAAACUUUCAUGAAAACUCAGGGAAAGACGGAGCACCUACAAUGAGAGAGACCUGUACAGGUCAAGGUCAGACUCCUGUGGAUGAGGGAGGGGAGCGCAUUAGCAGGAACAAGAAAAGAAAGCUAAAGAAGAAACGGCACAAAGAAAAGCUGCUUUCCAUGGGUCUAAUGCCCCAGGCAUCUGCCCUGGAGUUCACAUACCAAAAAGAUGGGGAGGAGGAGGAUGAGAGGAGAGCUGCUGAGGUGUCAGACUUUCUCAGGACAACAAUGGAAAUCUAUAUGUCUGAUACCUCGUUGCAUGUAGACAAGCUUCCUCACUUAUCUGGGAUGGUGGACGACCUUUUGAGCAGCAUAGCCAGCGGAAACAAGCCCGCCUCUCUCCUAAAGCAGCUGUACAGUCUCAAGGCCUUUGUUCAACAGAAGGAGACAGACAGACUAGCAAAAGCACUGGAGGAGCUCUACAACAACUCCUCCAUGUCUGGAGACGAAACCACUGCGGUCGUUUCACUGUUCCAAUACUGGAUCACAGACAUUCUUCCCUUGCAGGGAGACAAGAAGACAGAUUUUUCUACAACACACCCAUGAGACUGUCAAUCACACAAACACAGUGACAGUACUGAAGGAUUAUUUCCACUGUGUUUCAUCAUUUUAAACAAGAAUAUUCUUGUUUUUUUUUUCUCAUAUACUGCAUUUCAAAAGUGUUGGGCAUACCAUGAUGCUAUGUGAAUGUUUUUAUUAAAUAUUUUUGCCUUUUUA